UGCAGACAGAGAUGUUUGAAAGCAGGGGCAGGUCACGUGAUCCACGGGGCUGAUACGGCUUUAUUUCGGAACCAUCCUCCUCCUGCUCCCAUUUAAAGCCCACCUGGUUCCCAUCGCUUCGCCCUGAGCUGUGCCACAAUAUUUGCGUUACAUCCAGGGGCACCGUCGUCCUUCACUCGACGCGCCAUGACGCACACCGCUCCGCUUCUCACUGUGGUUUUAGCGUCUGUCCUGGGCUACGCGUCUGCGGAAGCCUCGAUCCGCUGCACCUGGACUCAAGCGUUGCCAAAUGGCGAAGCGCACUACAGCUACUUGCGCCACGACUCUGCGUCUGUGCGCCUGUACCACAGCGCGUGGUCCGAGGAGCGCGCCCUGCUCGGAUGCUCCUGGAGCGAUGACGCAGCAGUCGUCCGCGACUACGUCUCUCUGUGCCGGGAACGCACGCAGGACUUCUCCGAUCAGCCUGACGGGAGUUUUAAUUUGGAGCCAAGGCACGUGGAUCAGUGCGUUCCUCUGCCGUCUCCGGAGGUGUCCGGGCGCGAGGGGGGCGCAGGGAGCCGGCCGGCGAGGAGCGUGGACGCUCCUGCUACAGGUGAAGAGUCAGAGGUCAGGACCCGCCCGCGCGUGAAGCGCGCUUUCAUCGUCCCUGGGACGCUGUGGUGCGGAUCUGGAAACAAAGCGCCAUCCUAUGAAGACUUGGGGGUCUUCGCCGACACGGACAGCUGCUGCCGGGAGCACGACCAGUGCAAGCACACCAUCCUGUCCUUUCACUCCCAGUUCGGCGUGUUCAACACCAACAUCUUCACCAUGUCCCACUGCGAGUGCGACGGCAGGUUCCGCCGCUGCCUGACGGAGGCCGGCGACAGCAUCGCCCACGCCGUGGGCUACACCUUCUUCAACCUGCUCAAGAUGCACUGCUUCGAGUUCUCCCACCGCCUCCAGUGCACUCAGAGGAACUGGUUCGGCCUGUGUAAGGAAAGCAAAAUGGCCCUUUAUGCCGAGGUUCAUCCGCCCGCGCUGUUCGACUCCACCGGUCCCGCCAACGGCAGCGCCAACAGCACCGGCUCCGCCUUCAGCGCCACCACAGAGCACCCAACACCCUCAGACAGGCCUUUCUACCCAACCUCCGCCUCCACAGGCCCAUCACCUCCACCCUCCGCCUCCAUCACUACUGUUACCAACGCCACCACCUCCAGCAUCCACAGCUCAUCAGCGCCCACAGGACCAGGAAGUGAGCGAACGGACACCGCAGACGUCCUCUCACCCGCCAAACGUCUGACGGAGCAGGACUCGGACUCUGCAGCGCGGCCGUCGGCCUGUGGCGUCUACAAGGACCUGGAUAAGUGCAGGAACAAGAUCCCUCCAGGCGAGAGCAGAUUUGGCCUGGACAACGCAGAAGCCAGGACGCUGUAUCACUGCAACUGCACCAGCAGAUUAUUCCAGACCUUGUCUGAGCAGACGCGAGCGAGCAGCGUUCAGGCUCUGCUCCUGGGUCGCGUGUCUCACUCCUGCUUUUUGCUGCAGGACUGCGCAGCAGGCAACAGCUGCAGGGCGGUGCUGGUGAGAGCGGAGUUUCCGCUGAUGGGGGUGGAGGAUCAGCGCCACCUGCAGGCCGUCAGACUGCGGGUCGGGCCCAAACCCAGCAGAGCCAAGAGGAAAGGUCGCGCCGCGACGCUCCACAAGCUGUGUCUGAGGAUGAGCAGGCGGAAAAUGAAAACGGGAGCCGAAAACGGGAUCGGAGACGGGAGGAAACCAGUCUGAGCCGGCGUGAGCUGGUCUGAUGAGGCCCACGGUGAUUACAGCAACGUUCAAUACGGAGCUGAGCAAUCAGUGUCCACAGUCACAUGAAUAAAUGCAGACCGGCUUUCAGACCAUUUCAGAAAUAGGUUUGAAAUCGCUAUCCAACACUAUUUAACCAUUAAAACAGGUACGAGCCACUUACAAUAGACUCCUACUUUAAACUCUCAUUUUUCCUUUGGCUUAUUUGGUUUAUUCAUUCAUUACAGUCAAAUAAAACAAAAGAACCUGAAAUGAAAUAACAGGAAACUGACAGUGACUUGUCAUGUGGGUAUUUGUUUUAUUAGUGUUUAUUUAUUUAAUGAUGAACACUUUGGGCCUGUAGUGACAUUUUAGUGUCCUACAUUUAUAUAAUGUACUGAACAAACAAGCAGAUCUUUUGUUUGAAGGGACUGAGGUUAAUGAUGUGUUGGACUCACUGUUAAAUUAGUCGCCCUCUGUUUCCAGGUCCUCCUGUUUCGACUCUUGUAUCGUUACUGUUUGGCUGUAACGCAGUUAAUCAACUAAAAGCUUCAGUCAGUAAACACAGUGUUAACCUGCAGUCGCAUUUCCUCUGGUUGAGGUCCAGCACUUGUAAAUAUUUGUACCGUACUGGUUGUUGUAAAUAUGCUGUCAUUUGCACAGGUUUGGAAUGAAAUUUGUUGGAUUCCUCUCAUUUCUCAUAUCCUAGUCCCACUGUGACCUAACCACAACACGGAAGGAGCUGCCUACAGGCCUUCGACAGAUUAGUAAAAGCAUUAAACACGAUUGUGAGGCUUGAAGCAUUCAAAAGACUCAAUAAAGGAGAAACACAAGACCAAACCUUCCAGAACCUCUGGUUGAGGACACAAACUGGGAGCACAAAGGCUGAAGGAGGCAGGUCAAAGGUCACCAUCCUAGUUGACAGCGUCAACCUUUAAUAUGUAAAAGUGUCUGAAAUUAUGAACUAUUUAUAUGGAACGUCAAAAAUGUUCAACCAAAAAUGUCACCAACAAUUAUUUAUUGUCACUUUUGUUGUUUGUUGCUUUUGGCAACUUCAUAAAACGUUUAAAAACACAA